CGGAUCGCGGGCUCCGACCGAAUCCGCCCGCCCGCCGCCCCGACCAGGAGAAAGGAUUCAUCGACUUCUUUUGUGAAAGUGGGACUUACCUUACUGGGAGGAUGGGGGGCUUUCAAGGUGCCAUGCUGCUGCUCCUGCUGAGCCUGCUGGGCCCCGCGGCCUGCUGGGCGCUUGGCCCGGCCCCGGGCUCGGGGUCUUCGGAGCUGCGCUCUGCCUUCUCGGCGGCACGCACCACCCCGCUGGAGGGCACGUCAGAGAUGGCGGUGACCUUCGACAAGGUAUACGUGAACAUCGGAGGCGACUUCGACGCGGCCACGGGCCAGUUUCGCUGCCGCGUGCCGGGCGCCUACUUCUUCUCCUUCACGGCCGGCAAGGCCCCGCAUAAGAGCCUGUCGGUGAUGCUGGUGCGCAACCGCGACGAGGUGCAGGCGCUGGCCUUCGACGAGCAGCGGCCGGGCGGCACUGACUGGUACCAGCCUGUGGGCCCAAGCCCACCCUCUGGCCCCUACCCAUUGACAUAG